CUGGUACACGCACAACGGUCCCGGCCCAUUGCCCGUGCUUAGUGGUCCACGCGUGCGUCUACUCGGUCCAAUACUCGCCAUCGAGGCGGUAACUAGCGAAGAUUCUGGUGUCUACAAAUGUACUGCCAGCAAUGUGGGCGGUGAAGCGAGCGCCGAAUUGCGCCUCACAGUGGCCACACCCAUACAAGUGGAGAUCUCACCGAACAUACUGAGCGUACAUAUGGGCGGUAAUGCCGAAUUUCGUUGCAUUGUCACGAGUAAUGGCAGUCCGGUGGGCAUGCAAAAUAUACUGUGGUACAAGGAUGGACGACAACUGCCAUCAUCGGGUCGCAUAGAAGACACUUUGAUGGUGACGCGUGUGAGUCGUGAAAAUCGUGGCAUGUAUCAAUGUGUGGUGCGGCGACCGGAGGGCGACACCUUUCAGGCGACAGCGGAGCUGCAGUUAGGAG